AUGGUUUCGCAAUCCGUCGUGCAACAUUCAAACUCGCUUAUAUCCAAUAGUCUUUCCAGCCCUGUCACGGCUCUAUUUGUCGGCGGCACCAGCGGAGUCGGGCGCAUCACGCUGCUCAAGCUGGCCAAAUUUGCAAAAUGUCCGCGGAUCUACCUUGUUGGCAGAUCACAGGCUGCUGCAGAUGAGAUCAUCGCAGAGUGCCGUACCCUGAACCCGCAGGGACACUAUACCUUUCUCCAGGCAGAUGUGAGCCUCGUCGCCGGUGUUGACAGAUUCUGCGAGACUUUCAAGGGAUUGGAGAGCACCCUUGACCUACUCUUCUUAAGUCCCGGCGUGUUGAGCAUGGAUCGCAGCGUAACAUCCGAAAACAUCCACCUUCUGGCUGCCGUCAAUUACUACUGCCGCAUGCGAAUCAUCACCUCGCUUCUCCCACUGGUGCAGCGUUCUUCGCUGAGACGCGUCAUGACGGUUGCUGGAGGCGGAAACGAAGGGCCGUUAGACCUCGACGAUCUGCAGGGUCUCCGCGUGCCCAUCCCACAGCUGCGCGGUCACCUGUCCACACUGAUCACCUUGGGGCUGGAGACAGUAGCCAUCAAAGCGCCAAGCGUCAGCUUUAUCCACAGCUAUCCCGGCUCCGUAGUUACCGGACUCUAUCGCGAUCUGGAAAAGCCGCCGUUCGACCUCGCCAGUGCUGUCUCGAUUGACGAAUGUGGGGAGCGGCAGCUAUACGUAGCGACUAACGCAAGGUUCGCCCCAAAGGAGCUGCACAGCGUCGGGGUGAGUAUGGAGGGUGCUGAUGUCACGGUAGGCUCGAAUCGAGAGCCUAAUUCCGGAGUCUACACUGUUGGAAAAGACUGCGAGAGUGCAUCUAAGCAGGUUCUAAACUCUCUAGCAGACCUGAGGGAGCAGGGCGCGGUUCAGCGUAUCUGGCAGCACACUAUGGACCUAUUCAGAGAGGUUUUAGAGGCACCUACUAUAAAGAAACAAGGCUGA